AUGACUCAUUAAAGAAAGCUCUUAAACAGAGUAAGUGUUGAAUGGCUAAAAUAUUGACAAUUUUUGUUUUCAUUGGGAUUUGAGGUGUCAAAGUAGUUGUGUUAAGGAAUAUUGAACUUUAUAUUGCUGUAAAUUAGGAUUUCUACAUAUUAUAAUGCUCACGUCUUUGUUGAAAGAGCACCAUGCCAAUCAGCUUGCUAGAAAAGAAACUCAGGAAGAAAAACGAAAGGAAGCAAUUGCAGCUGCCAGUGACUUAACACAAGCAUUAGUGGAUCAUUUGAAUGUUGGAGUUGCUCAAGCCUAUCUCAACCAAAAACGCCUCGACGCUGAAGCAAAGCAACUUCAUCAAAAUGCCACAAAUUUUGCAAAGAAUACACAACAGUGGUUAAGUCUUGUCGAAGGAUUCAGUAGUGCUCUUAAAGAAAUUGGUGAUGUUGAAAAUUGGGCACAGAUGAUUGAAAAUGACAUGAAAACUGUCACUUGUGCCUUGGAAUACGCAUAUAAAGUUACUCAAGAAAAUCCGCCGAGCUGAUUGUUUCAAACUUUUAAAUGGAUUUAUUAAUAAAUUGUUUAUCACGAUUCGAAUUAUUUUUUUGUUAAUUAUUUGUUUAAAUAAACUUUUUUUGUUAAGAGUCGUA